AGCCAGGUUGUUUCAUGCCUGGUCUCGCUGUUGUUUGAUGUUGCAUCCAUCAACUGUCCACGACUGGUGGUCAGCCUCACCUGCUGAUGCUGCUGCUGCUACCACUACGACGACGACGACUGCUACUGCUACUGCUGGACGUUUCUCUCAACAACCACGGCAACCAACCGGGGGCCUGUCCAUGUGAAAACCUACAACCCAGCCUCCUGCUCCUCCUCCUCCUCCUCGUGGACGUCUUCACAUGUUGUCCAGCCUCUUUCGGAGCGCCCUGCCGCCACGCCUGCACUCCCGUCACCAAUCAGUGACCUCUCCAAGCCUGACGUUGACUUCAAACUCUCCAUCGAAGGUAUGCUAUGACCAACAGACAGCAGGCAGCCCCGACAACAUCAAUGGCACGUCUCGCCAGAAUCGUAUGCGACGCCGGCGACGGGGCCAGAAGGGCGCCGAAAUUCUUCCUCCAAUUCGGCCACACUCAGAAAAGAGUUCGUUUCUUUCAAAAGAAAAGGAUCUCAAUCCAAAAGAGAUCACUGACGAUGCCAGCCCCACAGGGUCAGCACAAGCAUGCAUCUCUGAAGAAGGAAAGGAAAACAAUGAAGAUGGUGGCAAUACAUCACAAUAUCGUCACAGUCCAACUGUGAUGAAGGCGAGACAGCUACGCUAUGUAUCAGAGAGAACGCCUGAAUCUCUCAGGGAGAUGUUCUAUGUGGGUAAAAGCAGCGGCAGUUGGCAGGAGCUGAAGGAAUUUUACCUGACUUUAUUUGAAUCAUUUGAAAAUAUUGUGUUUGUAUUAAAGGAAAAGGAUCAAGAUGAAAAGAAGUUUUCCAACGUCAAAGGAACCUGUUUGGACCAAGAUAUGAUUGAUGUCACAUACGACCUUCUUUCUGACUUGCCAACAGAUCUGCAGAAAUUAAUCCUGAAGUCCAUCAUAAGUUGUCUGUUGAAAGAUAGAAGAAUCCACAGCAUCGAUGAUCUAAAAGCUUACUUUGUCCUUCUCCAGAAUCCUCUAUUUGAGUCCAGCACAACAAUGGGGAUAUUUGCCCAUCUUCUGCGCCAAAUUGCUGCCUUGUCUGAUCAAGAUCACCAUUAUCUGGUACACUGGAUCAAAGAGCUAGAACCAACACAGUUCAAGGCAAUUCUCUCUAAAAUCAAUAACUUUAUCACCUGGAAGAUAUUCCCACCAAAAUUCAAUGACCUACCACACCCAUCUAAGUGUACUUGGUGGGUGCCCAGCGCUGUCAAGGUCCUUGCUCUACUAAAUGCUGCCAAUAACUUAGUGAAACCCUUUAUUGUCCCCUUUGAAGACUUCUACAAUGACCAUCUUGAACAGUUGGAUUUACUUGCAGAAUAUUACAAAUGGCAGAGCGUCUCUUCUAAUGGCGGGUUCUCCUUCUGCCAGUAUCCUUUCAUUCUGAGCAUCAGUGCCAAAAGAACCAUUCUACAACGAGACUCAGAACAACAGAUGAUUGUCAUGGCAAGGCGAAGUUUGGUUGAUAAAGUUCAGAAACGACAACUUCCUGACAUUGGGAUGUUAUUUCUCAACCUCCAUGUGCGACGAUCAUAUCUUGUGUCGGAUUCACUGAAUGAGAUUGCCAAUAAACAGAAAGACCUGAAGAAGAAGCUAAAAGUGACAUUCGCUGGUGAACCGGGACUGGAUAUGGGUGGCUUGACCAAGGAAUGGUUCCUCUUGUUAAUACGACGGAUCUUUCAUCCUGAUUAUGGAAUGUUCACAUUUGACAAGGUCACUGGAGUUUAUUGGUUCAACUGUGCCCCCUGUAAUAACUUCCAGGAGUUCCAUCUUGUCGGAGUUCUGAUGGGACUUGCUGUCUACAACAGUAUCAUGUUAGACAUCCGUUUCCCACCCUGUUGCUACCACAAGUUACUUAGUCCUGCUGUUGUACCAUACAUGAAUGACAAGGCCACAGUUGGGGUGGCACCCCUUACAAUCAGUGAUCUCAAGCUUGUGCAGCAUGAUUUGUCUAAAGGUCUCCAGGAACUCCUUGACUAUGAAGGAAAUGUCGAAGAAGAUUUUGGACUAACAUUUCAGAUUUCUCACACAGAACUGGGCUGCUUAAAAACAUAUACGUUGAAGCCCAAUGGAGAAAAUAUCCCUGUAACCAACAGCAAUCGCCACAGUUACGUCCAACUCUAUGUAGACUGGAUCCUCAACAAGUCGGUCUACAAGGUGUUUAAAGAGUUCUACUUUGGCUUCCACAGUGUCUGUGCAUCCAACGCCCUCAUUAUGUUGAGACCUGAAGAGGUGGAAAUGUUGGUGUGUGGAUCCCCUACACUGAACAUGAGAGAACUGAGACAAGUAGCUACCUAUGAUGGAUAUAAUGCAGCAGACGCCACAGUCAAGUAUUUCUGGGAUGUGGUCUACAAGUUCCCCACAGAAUUACAGAAGAAAUUGCUUCUCUUUACCACAGGAAGCGACCGAGUACCAAUUGGUGGCAUGUCUGAUAUGACAUUUAAAAUUACAAGAGUAGAAGACCAAACACUACUACCAAUGUCCCAUACAUGCUUCAACCAGUUGGUGCUACCAUCAUAUAGAAGUAAGAAAAUGAUGAAAAUGAAACUGCUGACCGCUAUAGAGAAUGCCGAAGGGUUUGGUCUGGAGUAAUCAGUGAUCCAGUGACCCAUGGCCAACCAGAACUAUUUUCUUGUAACUUAACAAAAACUAGCAAAGUCACAAUAAAUAAAACAAGCAAUCGGUGGCUGUACAAAUAUAUUUUCCUGUAGCUUAAAAAAUAGUGGAUUCAUAAUAAACCACUGACCAGUGGUCGUUCAAAUAUAUUUUCUUGUAACUUAACAGAUUUAAUUGAUACAGAAAUAAAUUAUUGACUGAUGUUC